AUGUCAUUAAGCCCUAUCUUAACAUUAGACGUUGGAGGGAAAGUUUUUCGCGUUGCCAGAGAAACAAUCAUGAAAUUCCCAACUAGCACUAUAUCAUUAGUGAUCACAGGCAAAGAUGUACAGAACAUGAUCAUAGUUGAAGGUGCUUAUUUUUUUGAUAGAAAUCCUGAUUAUUUUACAAUUUUGCUCGAUUUUUUAAGGCAUGGCAAGCUGUUUUGGAACCCAAAUCUAAAUAGAGAUCAGCUACUAGAAGAAGCCAAGUUUUGGAGGAUCCAACUUCCAAAUGAUGUCUUUAAGGGAGAAAAUGGUGUUAGAAAUGAACAGAAAAAUAUACCUCCAGCGCAAGAGCCAAUAGUAGAGCUUCCAAAACAAGUGAUAGUGGAAGAGAGAUUCGAGCCAACCUUAGUUAUGAAUGACAGAAUUGAACCUACUUUAAUGAUGCCACAAGACUAUGAGCCUACACUGAUACUUCACAAUGAGCCUGGUCCUAAGAAAUUGGAAUAUGAGCCUACAUUGCUCAUGAACACAGAAACAAUAGAAAGCACUUUAAUUUUUCCUCAAAAUAUGCCAGAGCCUACGCUUUUAAUCCAAGAUCAAAUGCCGGAGCCAACCCUAAUAAUGCAAAACCAAUUGCCGGAGCCCACUCUUCUAAUGGACAACAACGUUCAGCCUACACUAGUCUUACUCAAACGUCUGUGAACGAACAAAACCAUUGGAAAAAUUUCAAUUUUUUGAGUAAAAACCCCUCCGUCAGCGAGCAAAAUCGUUUUAUGGAAAAAAUUGAUAUUUAAGUGCUAAUUAGUAUAAUGAAAUCUCGAACUAGCUCUGUUAAAUUUUAAAAAGCUUACAUUUUUAAAACAUAAAUUUUACAUAUUAGAUUAAUUUUCGAAUUCCAAUUUUGUGCAAUUUUAAAAUUUUGAAAAAAAUUAUCCCCUCCUUAAGUAAGCAAAAUAUUUUAUUUCCCUCACGGAGGGGGGAGUUAACAGAGCCUCCAAAAAUAUCUAAAGAAAACCCAAUCCCCCCAUUAAAGACCUCAGCUUCUAUAAAAUCUGGGAGUUCUUCUUCACUCCCUACAGCAUCAUUGCCAAUAAGCAACUCAGACGACAUUUUAUCGUCUUUAAUGAAUGAAGAAGAAGAAAAAAAAGUCCCAGCCAGAGCUCUCCCAUGGGGAAAUAAUAAAGGCAAAGCUUCUCAGCCUGCUAAAAAAGCUGCCCCGAAAAUUCAAAAAAAAUCGAAAGCUGAAAUUGAAGAAGAAUUAUAUGGGAGCCAUAAUCUAGAAGAAGACUAUGAAUCAAGCUUUAUUGAUGAUUCAGAUGAGGAAGAAAAUUUGGAUUUUUCAGAUGAAGAUGUGGCACCAAAAAAAAGAAAAAGGACACCAGCUAAGAAAAAGCCAGCUAAAAAAGAUUCGGCUGCCAACAAAUGCAAAAAAACAAAAAUAUUGAGCGCUGCUGAUCUUUCAAAAGCGAUGGAAGAGGAAGAAGAAGAAGGAACUGGCAGAAAAACCAGACAAACUGUAGCAAAAACGCUACCUUCUAUACUGAUUUCUGGAAUUAAUGCACAAGAAAAGAAGAAACUUGAAACGAUGGUGAAAACCUUAGGAGGAAAAAUUGUUAAUCAGUUCUCAGAAAAUCCAACACAUCUUGUAAUGGAAAAAUUCUUGAGAACGCUAAAACUUCUUGAAGCCUUAAAUCGAGGAAUAGAUAUAAUUUCUAUAGAAUGAAUAAAAGAGUCAGCUCUGUUAGGAGAAUGGGAUCAACAUGAAAAAUAUUUAUUAUGCACUCCUGAAGUUGAGGCUGAACAUAAAUUCAAUUAUAAAGAAUCUUUAAGAAGAAGCCAAGAGCAGAAAGUAUUAGAUGGCUGGGACGUAUGGAUCAGCCCAAAUAUUCAGCCUAGUAAAAACGAUAUACAAGAGCUUGUUGAAUCAGCUGGAGGAAGGGUGCUUAAGAAAGAGCCUGAUGCGCCGAGGGGAAAUGUUUUAAUAUUGUCAUCAGCUGAAAAUAAAGAUAAAAGGUCAAAUCAAAUAAUGAAGCAGCAAGGAUUCAAAAUAUACACAAAAGAGCUGUUGCUGGAAUCGGUACUUAAGCAAGAACUCGCUUUCAAAGAUGAAUUCUUAAUAAAAUAA